AUGAAUGCCGAAAAAUUUAAAGAGUGGUUUGCGACCCUUAUGCAAAACUUUCAAGAAGAGUGUACGAUAAUUAUGGACAAUGCUCCAUAUCACUCUAUGCAACUAGAUAAACCUCCCACACAAGCUAACAAAAAGGCGUAUCUAGUGGCAUGGCUACAAAAUUAUGGUAUGGAUGCUGACAUGAAUUUAUUAAAAGCAGAACUGUUAAAAUUAGUCAAACAAACUAAACCUGUAAAGCCAAAAUACGCCAUCGAUGACUUGGCAAAGGGACAUGGGCAUAAAACUAUAAGGACCCCACCAAACCACUGUCAAUACAAUGCUAUAGAGAUGAUUUGGGCUCAAGUUAAAGGUUAG